AUGCGACCAAGAUUAGACCGGCAGGCUGUCUUCGUGACGGUGUUGUGUGGUCUACUACAGGUCUCACGGGCCAGCAUAUCCUUCGACCAGAUCCAGCCGAUCUUCGGCUUCCCCAGUUCCUGCACCAAAGCGUACGAAACGACGGUCAACGGUUGUAGUUUCAGCGAGCUCUCGUUGCUGGGUGGAAGUGGGUGUUCGGCAAACUGCGAGAUCGCUCUGGAAGCGGCCGAGAACUUCAUCCAGCGAACCUGUGCCGGCCUGUCAGCACCAGGAGACUCCCUCAUCGGCCAGAUCUUCGUCGGAAACCUCAUUUCUUUCCUCUGCACACCUACGUCCUCCCCCACGACCACAGCCAUGACGACGGCCGCAGCAAGUCCUUCGACGUCGGUGUCAAUGGCGUCGGACACGUCGACUGCAAAAUCAACGGCCGCCUCUGGUUCCGCUAGCACCACCACCACCACGAAGGCCUCUUCUGCAAGUGGCUCAGCAGCGACGACAGAAAGCAAUCCUUCUUCGACGUCCGCGUCAUCCAAUUCCAGGUCCGUUUCAUCUUCUGCCACGACUACGACCGCUCCGACGACCACUCUCACAACCUCCUUCACCAGCACGAGCACGACCUCGGCCGACAACACGUCCGCCAGCUCAACGACACAAUCCUCUGGAAGCAGUAACGGUAAUAAUGGCGACAGCGGCGGCGGAAGUCCGUUCGACGCGCCCUUCAGCACCGGAGCAGGCGUCGCCAAUAUGCCACAGCAUCAACUGCUUUUCUUUUGCUUAUGCGUAUUUGCUUGGUUGUUCGGUCUGAGAUGA